CUGUGCAGCCCCAGGGGUGUGCCCUGAUGAUCAGUGUAGCCCCAUCAGCGCCACCUGUCAGUGUCCAUCAAUGCCACCUGUUAGUGCCCAUCAAUGCCACGUGCCAGUGCCCAUCAGUGCCACAUAAAUGCCACAUAUCAGUGCCUACCAGUGCACAUCAAUGCCACAUAUCAGUGCCCAUCUGAGCUGCCUUUCAGUGCCACCUAUCAGUGCCAGACAGUGCUGCCAAUCAGUGCCACUUAGCAGUGUCAGUCAGUGUCGCCUAUCAGUGCCAGUCAGUGUCGCCUAUCAGUGUGCAUCAGUGCUGCCUAUCAGUGCUCAUCAGUGCUGCCUAUCAGUGCCGCCUAACAGUGCCAGUCAGUGCCACCUAACAGUGCCAGUCAGUGUCACCAAUCAGUGCCAAUCAGUGCUG